AUGGUUUCUGUAUCUUCCACUACAUUCACAGUAAUUGCUAAUCCUGAUGGUGAUGGGAAUCGUGAUGACUCGACCCAAUCAAAAAGCCCAGCCCCCCCGGAGUCUUCAACUAGUCUAGUGUCGACUGCGCUCGCCAAACGAAACCGCCCUGAUAGAAAGAGAAGCGCUUCGCCUAAUGGCAUCAAACCGGCCUUGAAGAAACGUACAGUAUCAGCAAAGGUUGCCUCAACUAAUAGUACCGCUCGGUCUGCAAUCAACAAGAAGGCGGUGCGAUUCCGUAGUCUUUCCAAUGGGGAACUCUCCGGCUCACAAUUGCAUGACCAGAGCCAAUCUACGAGUCAAAACGCUGGCGAUCCGGAUCACUCCUCAAAGACGCCUUUGGUUGAACCCAAGAAACUCAUGCUGUCGGAAGGCGGAGCACAAGACGAACAUCUAGUCAUUGGUGGGACUACUCGAGGCAAUCAAAAGGUGAACCAAAAAGUACGAAGACCGCCUACUCCAUCAAGCAAACAAGGCACUACAAUCACAACAUUUGUUCCUUCACUCGAAUCACCCAUGCCAAAAGUCACGCCAACCUUAUUCAAAACUGAGAAAGAUGUACCUAUCAACUAUAUCGAUCACACCUUGGUUGAAGGACAGAAUGACAGCACCAACAAACAAGAUCUCGAUCUCAUAACAUUUGCCGAUAAGGACUGGUUUGAAAUUGAAAACGUUGUCAAUGGUCGAGACAUUGCUCCUAUAUCACCAAAUAGGUCAAGGGUGGAAGAAUUGAACGGUGUUUUCCCAGUUGCUGAAAAGAAGAGAGAUGGGGCCGAGGUUUUUCAAGAUGAAAGACGAAAAAUGGAUCAAAAUUCGUAUGCAGUUUUUGCACUUGAGGAGCGUAUGUCUAGUGUUGAAAUGGUUACGAGUGAUUGGAAGACUCUUCAAGAUCAAAUGACAAAGUUUGAGAACAACGGUUAUGGACAAAUCAAGAAGCUUGAGUCAAGUGUUGAACUCAUUACCAGUGAUUGGAAGACUCUUCAAGAUCGAAUGACGAACUUUGAGAACAAAGCUUAUGGACGAAUCAAAAAGCUUGAAGAAAAAGUUCAAACUGAUAUCACAUCACUUAAUGAGGAGGUGAAUAAGUUGAAUUCCGAAUUGAGAAAGGCUAAUGACACGAUUGAAGCAUGUAAUAAGGCGCUGGUACACAUCCUUUCGGAGGGAGAUGGUGAUUAUGGACUGUCUGAAGCCGGUGAAAAUGAUCAAGACGAAGAUGAAUCGAGCGGUGGAAGUGAUGUAUCUUUGGGAAGUUGUUAG